UCCACGUUCGCCUAUUGAAACUUCACUAAAUUCCUAUUUAUCAACAUCAAACGCUUACGUUGUACGAUUUAUAGCUACACUGAUAGGCGUGCGGUAUGGCCGGAUGCCGAUGUAUUAUAUGUUUCCAUAGUGACGCAUUUGCCUCACCCCCGGCCAGUGGCAGAGCUCCACUAUUCAUCGACAACAACUAUAGCUGAGUAAAUAUCAACUGGCAUGCCGCUAUCACCAGUACGAUUGUGCUUCUUUACAUAAUACUUUUAUUCACGGUUGAAUCGGCGUUGUCUAGGGCAUACCGUCGCAAGUGGUACAAAAAUAAGCAUACAAUGACGUCAGUCGAAGUGGACCCGCUGUGUCGCGCAUUGUACUAUUAUCGCCAACUCAAGUUCGACAAAUGUGUUGAAUGCUGUGAGAAAGCUUUCGAGAAGAACCCAUGUGACCAAGCGGCAUGGGCUCUCAAAGCCAUGGCACUAACAAGAAUGGUUCACGUCGAUGACCUAGAGAUCGAGGAAGAGGGUAUCGCCGAAAUCCUCUUGGAUGACAACGCUAUCGCACAGGUAGCUCGUCCUGGUACAUCCCUCAGGACAUCAUCUUCUGCCCAAGGAGCUAACCCAUUGAUGAGACCUAUGAGUCAAUCAGGUAGGCCAAUCACGGGUAUGGUCCGGUCAGGAGCCGAAGGGGCCGUUGGAUCAAUUGACGCGGCACUCAAAACUGCAAGGACUGCGAUGUCCGCUCGUCCAGUUACUUCAUCCUCAGGACGAUACGUUCGGAUGGGCACGGCGUCGAUGUUAAGCGAAACUGGUGAGCCGUUUAUCAACGUGGCUCGCCUCAACAUCUCCAAAUAUAGCCAACAACCUGCUUUGGCUAAAGCUCUUUUCAACUAUAUAUAUUAUCACGAAAAUGAGGUUCGUCAUGGACUCGAGUUAGCUACUCAGGCCACACAAAACUCGAAGUUCCAGGAUUGGUGGUGGAAACUCCAAAUGGGCAAAUGUUACUAUCGGUUAUCUAUGUUCAGGGAUGCCGAAAAACAGUUUCGUUGUGCAAAUACACAGCAGCCCAUGGUUGAAACAGCAUUGUGGCUCGGUAAACUCUUCAUACGCCUGGAUCAGCCUUUGGCAGCGCUUGAACUUUACAGAACAUCCCUUGAGAUCUUCCCAAAUGACACCUUCUUACUAACAGCUACCGCCCGCAUCCAUGAAGGUCUCAACGACUUGAGUGCAUCAGUUAAAUUUUACAAGGAUGUUCUCAGUUACGACUCAGUAUCGGUCGAAGCGAUUGCCAGUAUCGCUACGAAUCAUUUUUACUCAGAUCAGCCGGAAGUGGGAUUACGUUUUUACAGAAGGCUUCUUCAGAUGGGGUUGCACACGGCCGAGGUAUACAACAAUAUCGCAUUAUGCUGUUUUUAUGCCCAACAAUUCGACCUGUCAAUCACCUGUGUCGAGAGAGCGCUUCAACUAUCCCGGAACGACGGAACAACAGCCGAAGUCUGGUACAACAUGUCACAUAUCGCCAUCAACUCGGGUGAUAAAAAUCUUGCUAUCCAAUGCUUGCGACUUGCAAUCGCGCAUAAUAACGAUCAUGCAGAGAGCCAUAACAAUCUCGGGGUGCUCCUUUCGGACCAGGCGCGGAUCCACUUCGACGCUUCAGAGCGGCUUGCCAAACACCUCUUUGAGCCCCGCUACAACCUCGCUUUGCUUUCAUAUAUGGUGGGAGACUGUUUAGGCGCUUACAACUAUUCAAAAAUGGCUUUGGAAGUAUUUCCAAGUCACGUUGACAGCAAGAUCAUCCUUGAGAAAGUGCAUAGGGACCUAGUAUCUCUAUAAGAACGCUAAUCCAUUGAGAAGAAUCUGCCAAGUCCAGGAAUCUUCUAUUUGCAAGCUCGUUGCCAGACAUCGCUAAAAAAGCACAACAAAUACUAUCUGAUUAUUUAAUAUAUGAUCCAUUAUUUGAUAUGGCAUAUCGUCAGCCAUCGUGCGAUAAUAGAAUGUUAAAUAAACGCUUGACACAUCAA